AUGAGCUCGUUACGUCCGUUGCGCGGUGCCUGCCAGUGCGGCCGCAAUCGCUACCUGAUUGUAGUCCCCGAGGACGCCAUCAACGAUGCUCAAGUGCUGUUCAAUACUGAAUCGCUCCAUCAAGCCUCGCUCGCUACGCCACUGGCAGCCUACAUUAGAGUGCCCUUGAAUUGGUACAAGAGCGCAACGUAUGCCUACUGCGACGACGAAACACACUCGACGAUUCGGCGAUCUUAUACACACCCUGACCAGCAGGACUGCAAGCGCUACUUUUGCGGGUACUGUGGUACGCAGCUGUCGUACUGGUCCGAGAGCCCGGCCGCCGAAGCCGAGUACAUUCACUUGACCCUCGGCAGCCUUGUACACGAAGACUUGCACGACUUGGAAGAGCUCGGCUUGAUUCCCGAUGACACCGACUCAGAUGAGGCCGCACAAGACCUGGACCUUGAGGAUGUGGCGGACGACAAACAGCAAGAACCUACCACGGCCAAGACCGCCGUGCUUCGAGAGUCUUUCGGCGUGCCCUGGUUUGAGGAACUUGUCGAAGGCACCAGACUAGGCAAAUUUCGUCGCAUGCACGGCGGCCAGCGUUCACACGAUGGCAACGUGCAGCUGGAAUGGGAGAUUAUAGAAUACGCGGAUGAUGGCGAUGACAUGGAAGACGUGGACAUGGCGACACCAUCCUCCGGAAAACGAAAGCUAGACGAAAGAGAAGACAACGAAGUUGAAACACAGUAG